ACUUGGCGGCUCUCACGCCGGCCGCCGCCGUCUGCAGGCAUGGCUUAUUGCCAAAAUUUGAACUAUAAAAAAAUUAGCAAGGAAAAUGCAGGGGAGGAUUUGGACGCGCGGCCACCACGGGAUGCGGAUGGAGUUGCCGCGCCAUCGCUCCCACCCAAUCUAUCAAACGCGCCGACCAAAUCCAUCCGUCCAUUUCGGAGACGAACGCAGGCGGAUCCACGCUCCUCCUCCCGUCCCGCGCUCCCCGUCCACGGCCACUCGUUCCUCACCACCACCAGUCCACCGCCCACCGCUCACCGCUCACCGCCGGCGUACGAAAUGCUGUCCGCGUCCCUGAAGCCGCCGCCCUCCCUCGCGCCGAUCUCCCCGUCCUCCCGCGCCCCCGCGCCGGCCGCCGCUGCCUCCUUCCCUCCCCUCCUUCCCAGCCGCGGCCGCGUCCGCCUCUCGGCGGCCGCGUCCGAGGGCGCCACCGUCAGCCAGGAGGACGCCGCGUCCGUCUCCGCCGCGUUCGAGGAGGCGCGCCUGGCCCAGUUCGCGGCGGACUGGAAGGCUGUGCGCGCGGACAAGGACCAGGGGAAGGUCCUCACGCUGCCCGUGCUGCGCUCAAACACCGGCGGGCUCAUCCUCAAGUACAACUCCAUGCAGGGCUUCGUGCCCAACCCUCUCCUCAGCCCCGCGCAUUGGUGUAAAGAUCCUAAAAGGCCCAUUCAAGAUGUUACAAAGGACCUAGUAGGUUCCUCUGUUUCUGUCAAGGUCGUUGAAGCGAAUGAGGCAGAAAAAAAGCUUGUCUUCUCUGAGAAGGAUGCCAGUUGGUCAUUGUACUCUUCUCAAGUAAAGAUUGGUGGUAUCUAUGAUGGAAUUGUUGGUUCAGUGUUCCACUAUGGUGCAUUUGUUCACCUGCAAUUUCCUGAUGGAAAUUAUCAUCUCACUGGUCUCGUACAUAUCUCUGAGGUCUCUUGGGAUCUUGUCCAAGAUGUCCAAGAUUUUCUAACCGAAGGUGAUACCGUCAAGGUCAUAGUGGUGAAUGUUGAUGCGGAGAAAUCAAGGAUAGGUUUGUCAAUCAGGCAAUUGGAGGAAGAUCCUCUGCUGGAGACAUUGGACAAAAUUAUUCCUUUGGAACCCGAUCUAUCACCUGAUGCUGAGGCCGCGUCAUCUCCUCCAGAAAUUGAACUUCUUCCAGGACUAGACGGGAUAUGUAAUGAACUUUUACAAGAGGACGGUAUAACAGAUGUGCGGUUCGGGCGGCAGGCGUUGGAGAAACGUGUGGUUUCGCAAGAUCUAGAGCUCUGGCUUUCUAGUGUUCCAGCUAAGGACAACCAGUACAAGCUUCUUGCUCGAGCUGGGAGACAGGUCCAGGAAGUGUACCUGACGACGAGCCUAGACCAGGAGGGGGUGAAGAAGGCGGUGCAAAGAGUACUAGGACGCGUUCCCUGAGCCCGCCUGCCAGCCCGCCUGUAGCUCAUCGGAAUUCGGAAGAAUGAGGUAUAUCAAUCAUCCCCGGACUGUGCCCUACCCUAACUAAGCGACCACAAUGUACAUACUUUAGUUGGAAGAAGAAAAAAAAACGCCAGUUUACGGACCGGCUUUGUGCCUAGGCUCAGUUGUACAUUUUUUCACCACUGGAAUAUAUAGCACGUCGAUCGGCAAUCAUUUGGUUGGUGCCUGAGAUGGCACGCGUGUAAAAAGAAGUGAACCCUCAAGUUCCCAUGUAAGUAUAUGUGAAUAUAAAUACUUAUGCUAA